GCUCGUGCUUUUCAUAACAGUUGAACGACAGUGCUUUCUCAAUCAAUAGAAAUACUCGACCUUUAUUUCUGUUAAACGCUAUACAACUGGCAUUCACUUAUUUGCGAGUAGAGACGGGCCUAUGCUGGUGUUUACGUCUCGUGAGCUAUGGUGAGAGCCGUUUGCAUUACGUAUGACCUGCGUCAUUCAUUGCUAUAUUUAACACUGGCCUUUCACGUCUCGGGACGGCCACGUUUGUUGCUGUGGAGUGUACGUAGGGCCUAUGAAGUGUAGGAACAGCAACAGGUUGCUUUGAAACUACGGCAUUAUAAACAGACGAGAUUUAUUCUGGAUUCCACGAUAUUGAUUGAUCGUCCCAGCUUUAAGGUCAGUCUAGAGGAGUCAGUAUCAGUCGCACCGGACAAGAUGCACGUCGAGGUUUCUGUGGCUCUCAACUUUGUCAUAUCUUAUCUAUACAGCAAGUUACCAAGGCGACGAGUAGACUUGCUGGCAGAGGAAUUGGAAAAAGGAUUAAAGGGUAAAUUUGAAGGUCAUUGGUACCCUGACAAGCCAAUCAAAGGAACAGGUUAUCGUUGUGUUAGAGUAAAUGGAGAGAAAGUCGAUCCGGUAAUUAUCAAGGCCAUCUAUGAGUGUGGCCUUGACCUUACCGAGGUACUGUCGUACCUUCCUGCCGAGCUAAUUCUCUGGAUUGACCCUUGUGAGGUGUCUUACAAGAUCGGGGAGAAAGGACCCGUCAAGAUCCUGUACAGCGAGCGCCGGGACGAGGACAGUACUGAAAAGGCGGAUCGCGAGGUACAGGCGGCAGCGGGCAGAAGCUUCAAUCCUGACGCUCAGUGCUUCAAACCUAUCGAUAAUUUGUCGUCGUCAUUCGGGAGCAUGAAUCUAUCCCCGGGAGGCUUGUCUCCCGUCUCACCGACAUCGUCCAAUGGCUGGCCAAGCAGUGCAUCCACGUCGCCCUCGUGCGCCCUCUUCAAUUCAUCCACGUCCUUGGGAGGCGGUGGUAGCGGUGGUACUGCACCGUCCGCGAACGCGGCCCCGGCUGCAAAAAGUCCAUUGCCAGCUUAUGUCCCCAAACAGGACAGGAUUCCCACACGGUUCACAGCAUCCACAUUUGCCCAAACAAAGUUUGGUUCAACAAAGCUAAAGACUCAGGCAAAACGACCAACACGUCUCUCCCCGACAGAGUUCGGUAACUAUUUCCGUCAAAGAUCAGCUGCAGCACUCCAGACAACUAAUUUCAAUUCUCCCCAGCGGCCGAGGUCCCUGUCCCCAAGGGAUCCCCGUGUGGAGUUUUACAUUGACCAACAACAAAGGGUAUUCUUGACGCAACAGCAGCAGCAACAACAACAGCAAAUCCAACAGCUACAUCAUCAACAACAGCAACAACAACAACAGCAGCAACAACAGAUGCAUCAGCAGCACACGACCCUGAGGUCUCCGCAACAUCACACAGUCCCUUCAACCAUGCCUGGAGAGCUAUACCACAAUUCCUCACCAGUCACCCAUCAUGUCCCGUCAUUCGGAAGUCUCGGGGAACUACUACCGGGUCCAUCCCCACUUCCGUCUCCUGUUGGCUCCACAGCGGUGUCGCCCGAGAGCCACAAGUCUUUCAUCGAAGGGUUGAACCUCAACACUGUAUCGUACUCUAACCAGUAUCCCCACAUGUUGCUGGCUAAUUGAGUAUUCAGCGUCAGGGCAACUGUUUGACAGAUAGUAAACCGUCAAACUAAGUAAAGGGCGCUGCGGAAACUGUGUGAUAGACUGUAUUCCAGGAAUGCCAAAAUAUUGGGCUACCGGAAGUGAAAGGCCAAGUUAUUGUUCUCUAUUACUAAGGAGGACACCAAUUUUAUUUUUUAUGGACACAUAUAAUGCGAUUAGUGAAUUUAUUAUAUUUAAACUGUGUUCAGUAAAACAGAUAUGACUCCGUUGGUUGGAGCAAGACACUUCACGUGUUACGGCUUGUGUUCAACUAAGAUUUAUUGACGACUAGUCUGCAUAUUGGCUCGUUUUUAAUUCCAAAU